ACCUUCAGAAACUGCCCUACCUGACCAUGUGCCUGAGAGAAGCCAUGCGGUUACAUAGUCCCGUUCCCCUCGUCAUGCGCACCAUGUUGGAGGACACUGUGAUUGACGGCGUGACUGUUCCACAAGGUUUCUCAGUAGCCAUCCACCUGUACGGACUGCACCAUAACCCGGCUGUGUGGGGACCUGAUCAUAUGGAGUUCGAUCCGAGUCGUUUUCGCCCUGAGCGCAUGAAAGACAGAGACUCUCACGCCUUCUUGCCGUUUUCUGCAGGACAAAGAAACUGCAUCGGGCAGAACUUUGCCAUGAAUGAAGCGAAGGUGCUGCUUGCAAGGCUGAUACACAAAUUUAUCUUUGAAGUCGACCCGACUCGUCCUGCGCAGAAAGAUGUGCUGAUCGUCAUGUGCGCCAAGGACGGGAUGUGGAUGAAAGUCACGCCAGUCUGAAAAGACUUUAACAUAUACAUGUAGCUCUAAAUUGUCUAAACAAUAAAACUGAAAGUUUGAA